CCCACUUCCCGAUCCCCACAUCACGAUACUGAGGCGUUGGAGAACCCCGCAUCCUCCCCGGACUUUCCAUCUCUACCCCUCAAACUAACUUCAACCAUUGGACUCACUGACGAAGCUCAACUUGGAGGACCGGAAAAGCCGCAACUCUAGUACGGGGUCCACUUCUUCGGACGGCAUCACCGGCACGCUGAUUCACAGAAGCAAAUCGGUACCGAGGCUGCUGUUUACAGAUACCUUUGAUAGACACCAGAUCUUGGCUCAAGCUUUAUUGAGUGCCUGCGUUUUUGACCUCAUGGGAACAGAAAAUGAUUACUCCAACUUCGUUUCGAGCUGUUUACAAGCAGCUGAGCGAACAAGAGAUUGAUGUUGACAUCUAUCUGCCUCCAAUCACCAAUAACUCCGCAAAACACCCCGUCCGUAAGUUUAAAGCAUUCUACCGUCUUUGCAUCCAUGCUGAUAGCCUUGACGUAAUCAACAUCCAUGGAGGGGCUUUUAUGCUCGGGUCCUCCAAGAUGGUCAACAAAGACCAGGUAUCAGAUUGUCUAAGCAGAGGAUGGAUAGUGCUAGCCCCAAAUCAUCGUCUUUGUCCUCAAGUCAAUCUCCUAGAGGGUCCUAUGCAGGACUGUCGAGAUCUUCUGGCCUGGGUUCAUGACGGAGGUCUCGAAACAGCGCUACGCAGACAGGCGGCCUCGACACUGGUACCAGAUCUCGAUCAUGUCUUCGCCUUCGGCACCUCGUCUGGUGGACAUUUGGCACUUUGUUUGGGCUUUGGGGUUCCUCGUCCAGUUGCAGGAAUUUACGACAUGUAUGGACCUUGUAACUUCGCCGAUGACUUCUGGACAACAAAGCUUCCUAACAUGAAGCUACCACCAGGACUUACAGACUCAUUCCUCAACAAGGUAUUUGACGAGGACCCAGUCCCCAUCACUGGAGGGGUCUCUCUAGAAGGCCAAGCAACGGGGCCUCCAGACUUUAGUGAUCCGCGCCAAGCGUAUGCUCUGACGCAAUUGGCAAACGGUACUGUCCUUGAUGCAAUUUUCCCUUCGAAGGACUGGAGCAAAGUCGACCCAGCGUUGAAUGUUCACUCUUCAUUUCCGCCGACAUUCAUUGUCCACGGCGCAGCAGAUACGAAAGUCCCGAUUCAUCUGAGUAGAAAGCUUUUGGAGGCUCUGAAACAGAAUGGUGUUCGAUGCGGGAUGGUGGAAGUUCCUGGCGAGGAGCAUACUUUUGCGGCCAAGAUGGAAGUGGGUUCAGAUACUUGGAAGCUCCAACGUCAGGGCUUUGACUUUCUCGAGUCUUUGAUAUCAUAACAUUCUUGGGUUCAUUUGUAUCCACCACGGCCCCAUUAUUUCUGUGAACCCCAUAUAGGACGCUCUAAGUUAGAAGCGAAUGUAUGGAUGCCGUUGCUCUGUCGCUAAUUACGGUAUAUACCUCUUCCUCGAGGUUGACAUCAUAGGUUCAGUCCCUGGAUUCCGGGAAGUUUCUUCAAAUUACUACGCUUUCUUGACA